GUUUGCCUGGCAGCAGGCUUGAUGCAGCACCAAGUGGCCAUCGUCACCGGCGGGGGUACGGGCAUCGGAAAGGCCAUGGCGACCGAGCUCCUGCAUCUAGGGUUUAAUGUGGUCAUUGCAUCCCGUGAGUCUGAUAGAUUAAAAUCUGCCGCAGAUGAACUGAAGGCCUGUCUGCCUCCUACCAGCCAGGCUCAAGUCACUCCCAUAAAAUGCAACAUCUGUAAUGACAAGGAGGCGAAUAAUUUGGUCAAAGCCACCUUAGACUUUUAUGGUCAGGUCAGUUUCUUGGUAAACAAUGGAGGAGGCCAGUUCUUCUCUCCUUCUGAACACAUCAGUUCAAAGGGGUGGAAUGCUGUGAUUGAAACCAACCUGAUGGGCACCUUCUACAUGUGCGAAGCAGGCAAGUGUGAUCCAUCAUCCAGGAAGUCCAAGUGCCUUUAUGUAAAGGUCAUAGAGGAUCCUGAAAGAGCAAUUGUUAUGGGCUCAGAAGCUCCAUGUCAUAAACACUUACUGCCCUGGCAUAGUGGAGCUGCCAGAGAAGGUGUUUACAACUUCACCAAAUCCUUAGUGGUGGAAUGGGCCAGCAGUGGAAUAAGGAUCAAUUGUGUUGCCCCUGGAAUCAUUUAUUCCCAGACUACUUUUAACAACCAUGGUCAUUGGCAAAAGACUUAUUUGAAGGGUACUUUUCAGAAAAUCCCAGCUAAAAGACUGGGAGCCCCAAAUGAGGAGUAUCUGAUGUUUCGUAUACAUGUGUGUUCUUCCGUCUCCACCUUGGUGUGCUUCCUGCUGUCUCCUGCAGCUUCCUUUAUCACCGGACACUUGGUGGAUGUGGAUGGGGGCCAGUCUCUGUACACACACUCAUUUGAGAUACCAGAUCAUGACAACUGGCCCCAGGGAGUAGGGGACCUUUCUUUUGUCAAAAGGAUUAAAGAGUCUUCUAAGCAAAGAGGCAAGCUCUAGGCUAAGGAAACAUGGAAGUGUCCUUUGUCCCCAAAUACCUUAACAUCUCAACAAUGCACUUCUAUACUUUACAGGAACAUAUAAUCUGUAUGGAAAACUUACAUUC